AUGGAUUCAGAAUACCAAGGUCUACUGAACAGUAAAGAAAGAGAAGAUGAAACAAAUGGAGCACACAUCGCCGAGAAGGUGGAAAAAGGGGGAGAAACAAUUGAAAAUACAUUGAUGAAAUUAAACGUGAGGUAUCAAACGUUAUUUUUUUCCUCCGGGGUAAUGACCGUUUUUUGUGGUAUAAUAUCAUUAUUGGAAUCGCUAAGAUAUUUUUACUUUACCAAUUUUGUGGUUUCCACAUUUUUGAUAACCAUGGGUCUAAUAAUGAUGAUUUUGGAUAUUCCAGGAACCCCAAGAUGGGCUGCAAAGCAUAGAAUUAUGAUAAGGAAAUACAUAAAAUUUUUAACAAGAUUGACUGGAAAAGCUGUGUGGUUUUUCUUUUUAGGUUCUAUGUCAUGCCUGAAUCUGUGGCCACACUCAAAAAAGGUUACCUUCUUUAGAUCUUUCUGGGUUCUUCUAUUUAGUAGUUUCAUAUUGGCAGUUGCAGUUGUUGGAUUUUUGAUAGCAUUAAGAAAAUCGUUAAGAUUGGAAAAAUUAAAAAAAACUAUAAAGUUGGUAUCAAAGGGAGCAUAUAUUGAUUGUUACAGAAAAUACAGUGUAGCAGAUCCAGACCACGGAAUGCAGUUUGAAGAAUUUAAUAGGAUGUGUUCGGACCAUACAAAUGGUUAUAUAUAUUUUGAUUUUUUGGAUUUAUUUAUUAUUUUUAAUGCCUUAGAUGAGCAUCAGAAGUGUUCUAUAAACGAAAGAGAAUUCUUGGAGUGGAUAAAUGGUCCCGUAACGUACUUAUAA